AUGCACUACAUCCGCCUCCUCAGACCCCCGAAGCUGGCGGGCAGCGGCGGCAAGAUCCGCCUAGAGCUCGUCAUCACCAUCAACACGGACCUGAGCGACUCGCUGCUGUCUGUGCAGGAUGCCCUCGAGCUGCUCAUCACGGCCGAGCUGGCCUCCUCCUCUGGCAGGACCACAUGGGCCCUCACCGGACGUAACGAGCUGGCAUGGAAGCCGGGCAUGAGGAUUCUCAAGCCCAGCUUCAAUCUUCCCCUACAGUUUGUCAAGGCGUUGGCGGCGUCUUCCAGCGCCGAAAUAUGUAUCAGUGCCAAGCCGGCACUUUCAGCGACGGGAGUGCACAGCAUCCUCAAGGAUGCAGAGGCUGGGAACGGACUGAUCAUGCCUGUAUGGGCGCAGCUGCGCGUCAAUGGAAACGGGCACGACGACGAUCAUCUUUGCACGCGGAGGCUGUAUUUUGACGGCAGCAACCAAGAGGGAGACCAGGGGUUCCUCGAGAUAGAGGAGGAGCUGGGCGAGAGCAUGGCCCGCCACGUCUGGGACGGAGGAGUCGUCACGCUCUGCGCCCUCGCCGGCAUUCCCGCAUCCGAAAGGUUCGCCUCGGAUCAAGAGCCGACCAUGGCCGCCAUGCGGGACAUUCUGGGCGCUGCCGGCGAGCUCAGCAUCCUGGAGCUCGGCUGCGGCGUCGGCACCCUGGGCAUCGGUCUCUGCGCCGUGCUCCCACAGAUGCGGCCGCCCGGGUCCGGAGGUUGCACUGUCUUGCUGACAGACCUGGAGGAUGCAGAGACGCGAGCCACUUCCAACAUUGCUCGCCUACGGCAGAAUGCGCGCAUGGCCGGACAGCAUGACAACGCCGCCCAGCUGCUGUACGAGAACCUGGACUGGGAAGAAGGCAGGCAAGGACGCUUCGGGCCGCAAGUCCAGGCCCGGCGCUGGGAUCUCGUCGUGCUGAGCGACUGCACCUACAACGAAGAUGGGCUUCUUGCACUGGUCGAGACACUGUCAGCCCUGCACGCUUCGAAUGUGCGCAAGGCCAAGGCUACGGGGGAAUCAUCGUUCACGACAAAGGUCUUUGUUGGGACGAAGCCGCGGCACUCUUCUGAGAAUGCAGUGUUCGGCCUGCUUGAUGGGGCGGGCUGGAAGAUGCAGGCGAAGCAAGUGCUGCCGCUGCCUGUUCUCGGCUCGGAGGCCCAAUCAGUCGAAAUGUACCUGUUUGAAAAAUCAUGA